CCAAUGGCUCCAAUUGCAAGUUAACACCUUCUUUUAAACACAAAAGAAACGCAUCAUCUUCUCCACACAAAACUAAAGCCAAACACAGAAGAAAAAGAAAUGGAGUCAGAGCAAAAACAGAGGCAUUUUGUGUUGAUCCAUGGCGCCUGCCAUGGAGCAUGGUGCUGGUACAAGGUCUCUACUCUUCUAAAAUCAGCUGGUCAUAAAGUUACAGCUCUAGAUCUCGCUGCUUCCGGUGUGAAUCCAAAGCAGGUGAAUCAGAUUAAAUCAGUAGCGGAUUACUUUGAGCCGUUGACGGAAUUUAUGGAUUCUUUGCCGUCGGAAGAACGAGUGAUUUUAGUUGGUCAUAGUUUUGGUGGACUUGGUGUGUCUGUUUCCAUGGAGAGAUUUUCUGAUCAAAUUUCAGCUGCAGUUUUUGCUGCGGCGACGAUGCCGGGUCCGGAAUUGAGUUACUCCGCCGUUAUAGAAGAGUAUAGUAGGAGAAUAAAAUUGGAUUCCUCGGUGAAGGACUCGAAGCUUACAUUUGGUGAUGGGCCUAACAACCCUCCAACCGCUCGACUAUUUGGCCCAAAGACUAUGUCAACCUAUUUGUACCAACUCUCACCAUUAGAGGACCAAAUGCUUGGAAUGAUGUUGAUUAGACCAUUCCCAAUCUUUAGCAAGGAGACAGUGGAAAAAGAAGUAAAAUUUAGCAAGGAAAAGUAUGGAUCAGUUGCUAGGAUUUAUAUAGUGUGCGGCCAAGAUGAGAUGGUUAAUGAGGGUCUUCAAAGAUGGAUGAUCCAUAACAAUCCUCCUGAUGAGAUCAAGCUUAUAUCUGAUUCUGAUCAUAUGCUCAUGUUUUCACAGCCUCGAGAGUUUUGCUCUUGUCUCCAGGACAUUGCCUCUAAAUAUUUUUGAAUAUUACAUAAUAGCCAAAAUUCUUGCUAA